AUGGCUCAUAAGUGUCAUUUGUGUCUGCUGGGACUGAUCGCUCUCUCUUCACUUCUCACUGGUACCAGUGGAGAGGAUGAGACUCAUGUGUUCAUUGGUUCUGGUGAAAAUGUCCACCUGCCCUGUAAUAAUGCUCUUCAUGACUGCAAAUCAACUACAUGGAACUAUAACAGACAUUCAGCAGCAGUUGAACUGAUUGCUAGAGGGAUAAUUAUGAAACACAUCGAGAGUCAUGAGAGACUGAGUCUGGGGUCUGACUGCUCUCUGAACAUCAACAACAUCUCAAAAGAAGAUUAUGGAUCUUACAGCUGCAGACAAUAUGAGAAUGACAAACAACAAGGAACUGAUUCUCGUGUUUUUCUGCAUGUCCUUUAUGUCUCAUCCUCACAGACUGAGAUCAGUGCAGGCCACUCUGUGACUCUCUCCUGUCAGCUGUAUUCAUCUGCUCGAGUCUCUUGUGAUGAUGAUUGGAUCCGUUCUGAGGGAAUUGAGCUGUUCUGGGUGAAUCAGACUGGUGUUAAACUGACGAUAUCAGACUCCAGAUAUCAGAUAUUAUCCUCAUCAGAUCACUGUAUCAUCACUCUGAAUACAACACUCCUGAAUGAAGAUAACAACAGAGAGUGGAGAUGCAAUGUUUCUCAGAGCGAUCAAGUCAAGACCUCAGUCACUUAUACUGUCAAUAGUUCAGCUCAAGCUGAUUCAGUGACAACAGUGAUUUCAGUCCACAUCACAAACUCUCAGGAUCCCUCAACUACAAACACACACUUUCACAGACUGAGUCUCUGUUUUCUCUUGAUUGUGUCUCUCAUCUGUCCUGCAGUGAUUGUGAUUAUUGUUGAGUUUGCAGCGUUUGCUGCUCCUACUGUGAUUCUUCUUCAGAUCAUCUGUGCAAGAAGAGCUGGGAGGAAGGACUUGCAGCACCGAGAGGAAAUAGAGAUGAAUACAAUAUUAGAGUAAAAUACUCUACAAAUAACAGAUU